AUCUCAGCACAUGCGCCGCUGUGUUUUGAAAAUCCGGGCAGCUAAAGCCUCUUUCUUCUCUGCUUGCAAGAUGCAUGUAAUACGAGAGCAAAUUAAAACAUGCCGAAGUCUCUGAAGAAGUCCUGCACCACCCAGACCUCCAUUAGCAGGUACUUCGGAGGACGGAGCAGCAGCGGUGCCUCCGAAACUCAGUGUGGUAGUAACCAAGACCCAGCUGAGAAGCAGCUUUCAAGAAGCAAGCAGAAGCUUUCUUCUGAUGAUGACGGUGGCUUCGGGUUGCCAACAAAGCGGGCCAAGCUUUCUCUCCAAGACCAACAGGUGGAGGAUUUGGACUGUGAGCCUCUUUCCUGUCAGAGCACUAAAGAAACAGCAUUAACAUCGAGCCGAGGAGCAGGCAGCCUCUGCUCCUCCACCCUGGAGAGACUAAAAGGCUUCACCUGCUCGGCCGAGCCUGGUGUCAGGCGCAGUGAUGCUCAGAGGCAAGAAAAGAAGACAGAUAGUGCUAGCAGUAAAGUCUGUGACCAAGGUAGCAGUGUUUGGCCACCUCAGGACAUUUCAGAUCGGCACAGCAAUGAGAACAGACUUCAGCAGUCAGAGGAGGAGCAUGAGGAUGAAGAAGAGGAGGUCAAAGAAAAGGAGAGUCUCGGGCUGGCUGCUGCAAAACAGGGCUUCCGCUUCUCUCAGUUUGCCAAGUCAGGAGAUCAUGGAAGGGUUGCAGUGCCGAGUCCUCUGUUGGACUGUAGCGCCCCCUUGAGACGCUCAAAGAGUGUCUACACUCCUCUGGAGCAGCAGGUCAUCCAGCUGAAACAGCAGCAUCAGGAUGCAUUGUUGGCUGUGGAGUGUGGCUACAAGUACAGGUUCUUUGGAGAGGAUGCAGAAAUUGCUGCAAAGGAGCUGAAUAUCGUCUGUCAUCUGGAUCAUAACUUCAUGACGUGCAGCAUCCCCACACACCGUUUGUUCGUCCAUGUCAGACGCUUGGUGUCCCACGGACACAAGGUUGGUGUGGUUAAGCAGACAGAGACGUCUGCGAUCAAAGCCUCAGGGACCAAUAGGAACGCUCUGUUCACUCGUCAGCUCAGUGCUCUGUACACCAAGUCCACUCUGGUGGGAGAGGAUGUGAACCCGGUCUGCAGACUGGGGGAUGUGGAGGAGGGGGCCUGUGGUGACGUGGUGCUGGACCCUCCCGACAACUUCCUGCUGUGUGUCAGCGAGAGCUGGGACAAACCGAAGAAGCAGCUCACUGUCGGGCUGGUGGCGGUUCAGCCCAGCACAGGAGACGUGUUACUGGACUCUUUCCCUGAUGGUCCCUCUCGCUCUGAGGUGGAGGGACGUGUCCUAAAGAUCAACCCUGUGGAGAUCCUGGUCCCCUCUGACCUCUCAGAGCAAACCCACAGACUCCUGCAGAGCAUCACCAAUGCCAGUGCUCAGGCUGACGACCGGGUGAGAGUUGAGAAGAGGGACAGCACUCAGUUUGAGUUCGCCUCUGCAAUGAACACAGUCACCGAGUUUUACUGCCACAGCCAGGAGAAAGGCUCUCGCUCUCUGUCGAGUGUAGCGUCCUUGGAGAGCCCAGUGAUCUGCUGUCUGGGGCCGCUCAUCCACUACCUCCAAGAAUUCAGCUUAGAAAGAGUUCUUAGGAGUGAAAGCUCAUUUCGGCGUCUGUCCUGUGCGUCGGAGGGUAUGAUCCUUAGUGCCGCCACCCUCAGGAACCUGGAAAUCCUCAACAAUCAGACAGAUGGCGGCGUGAAGGGCAGUCUGCUGUGGGUGUUGGACCACACUCGCACUCCGUUUGGGAGGAGGCUGAUGAGGAAGUGGGUGAGCCAGCCCCUCACAGACCCACAGUCCAUCUCAGAGAGGCAGGAUGCUGUGCAGGAGAUCCUGGAGUCGCACUCUCUCACUUUAAAUUCCAUCAGAUCUCUGCUGUCGCAUUUGCCCGACCUGGAGAGAGGCAUCUGCAGCGUAUACCACAAAAAGUCUUCCACGCAGGAGUUUUACCUCAUCUGCAGCAGUCUUUCUCGCCUGGGGCUGGAACUGCAGGCCUUGCUCCCAGCUGUCCAAUCACAGAUCAGUUCGGAGCUGCUCCGGGGCCUCUUGUUGGACACUCCUGACCUGUUGGCUCCGGCCCACAGUUUCCUCAAGGUGCUCAAUGAAAAGGCCGCUAAGUCGGGAAAUAAGACAGAGCUGUUCUCAGAUCUGUCCGGCUUCCCAGUGCUGCAGGAAAGGAGGGAGCAGAUCCAGACUGUCAUCAGUGAGAUUCAAGACCACCGCAAAGAAAUCCGGCUGAUGCUGAGGGCCCCCUCACUCGACUACACAGCCGUCUCUGGACAGGAGUUUCUGAUUGAGGUGAAGAACUCGCUGGCGUCCACUGUUCCACCUGACUGGGUCAAAAUCAGCAGCACCAAGGCAGUCAGCAGGUAUCACUCUCCUUUCCUGGUGGAGCGCUACAAGAAGCUGCUGCAGCUCCGAGAGCAGCUGCUUCUGGACUGCCAGAGGGAGUGGACCAGUUUUCUGGAUCAGUUUGGGGAGCACUAUCACACCAUGAAAAGGGCUAUUAGUCACCUAGCAACCAUGGACUGUCUCUUCUCAUUGGCUGAGGUGGCUAAACAAGGGGACUACUGCAGGCCAGAGGUGCAUGACAGUCAGCGUCAGAUCAUGAUCAGGGACGGCAGACAUCCUGCCAUCGACUUACUGAUGGGAGAAAACAACCAGUAUGUGCCCAACCUCACCGAACUACAGGGUGAUGGCAGGAGAACUAUGAUAAUCACUGGUCCUAAUAUGGGGGGUAAGAGCUCCUACAUCCGCCAGGUGGCCCUGAUCUGCAUUAUGGCUCAGAUGGGCUCCUACGUCCCAGCCUCUGAGGCCCGUCUGGGCAUGCUAGACAGCAUUUACACCAGGAUGGGGGCUUCAGACAACAUCUACAAAGGGUGCAGUACCUUUAUGGAGGAGCUGACUGAAGCCUCGGAGAUCAUUUCCCACGCAACUGAACGCUCGCUGGUCAUCCUUGAUGAACUGGGGCGGGGCACGAGCACCCAUGACGGGAUUGCGAUCGCCUACGCCACCCUGGAGUACUUCAUCAGAGAUGUGAAAGCCCUCACCCUGUUUGUGACCCAUUACCCUCCUCUGUGUGAGUUGGAGCGCGUGUAUCCUGAACAUGUGUCUAACUACCACAUGGCUUUCCUACUCAAUGAGCCUGACGUUUGUAGUGACGAUGGAGAGGUUCAGCCGGAGUUCAUCACCUUCCUCUACCAGCUAACUGAAGGAGCCGCAGGCCGGAGCUACGGCCUGAAUGUUGCCCGAUUGGCUGACAUCCCAGACCCUAUACUCCACACUGCAGCGCGCAAAGCCAGAGAGCUGGAGAACGUGGUCGACGCAAGGAGGAAGAAUAAGAAACUUCUCACAGAUCUUUGGAGCAUCUCGGACAGAUCGUCCCUUGUGGAGUGGCUGCAGUCGAACUCUUGACAUUGCCGUAGUCAACUGCAUCAGAACAGGAGCUGUCAGUGAAUGAACAUGCUCAGAGAAGAACAUACAUGCUCAGAGAAGUAAAAGCCUCCGUUUCAGAAAGGCCUCAGCACUGAUCAGAGUCGAGUGGUUGUUGCAGCUCUCUUUGCUAAUGUGUUUUAGUGUGUGAAAAGGAUUUUAACCAUCUCAGGUUCUGGUUGUCACCAUCAUCAUGUACUGUAACCUAAUUAUCAUAACAUCUGGUCACACCAGAUGUGCAUCAGUGUGUUUGACAAUUAAAUUGAGAAAAAAAACUUAGCACAUUUGCUGUUCUUUGACCUUCAAAAAAUACUCCACUGAUUUAACACUGCACUAUGAUCAUACUGUCAGACUCACAAUGGACAGUUAAAAAAAAAGAUUAAAAU